CGAGAUGAAGGGCACUAUGCGCGAUGGCUCGAUUUAUCCUCCCCCCCUCUGAGGCGGUCAUAUUGCCACACACGCAUCCGCCGCUGCGGAGUGAUAUCUCUAAAUUACCGUAUUAUUUCUGUCGAUGUCACCUCUUGACAUGCGAUCGUGGAGGGUGGUGUCCGAUGUUCGAUGGUAUAAAUCAAGCAAACCGUCCUCUCUCUCAUCCCCUCGGACACCGAACAUGUCUUGCUAGUUACUGUCUCAGCUGUACCAGGGAAGUAUAAUCAUGAAGUGGUCUGUGAUCGCUGCCGGCAUUGCUGGCCUGGCUAGCCCUGUCCUCGCCCAGCUAGACUCCACUCCCUUUGUCGACGCCGACACUGGUAUAACCUUCCAAUCCUACACCAGCGCGGAGGGUAUCACCUACCGAUUAGCACUUCCAGAGAAUGCUACGGAUGAGGCCGGGUACGAUGUGAUCCUUCAGGUUGUGGCACCGGUGGAACUGGGAUGGGCCGGCUGGGCUUGGGGCGGCGCAAUGGUCUACAAUCCGUUAACCAUCGUGUGGCACGACGGGAACACGGUCCACCACUCUCCGCGGCAGGCCACCGGAUACUACGUUCCGGCUGUCUACCCGGAUUCCCAGUACACGGUUCUUGACGGAACCGGCGUCAACGAGACGCACUUCAAGUUCACCGCGCUUUGUGCGGGCUGCGCCAGCUGGGCCGAUUUCGAAGGGAACCCGUUCAUCCUGAACGGCGCUGGCGACACCAACUUCGCCUACGCGUACUCGAUGUCGCCUGUCGAAGAGCCCACGAACCCGGAGACGGGUUUCAGCAUUCACGACCACGUCGGCCGAUGGAUUCACGACCUGGCCGGCGCGCGAUCGGACAAGUUCGCGGAAUGGAUAGCCACGAACACGCCUGAGUAGGUGUAUCUAUGACGGCUAGCUGUCCAACGUGGCAACUCGGACUUCUAAUCAGAGCAGUACGGAACUAUAAUACUCGAGGCAUUCGU